AUGCCUCUGCUUGCAGUGGCGGGACGGCCCUUUGUGGAUCACUGCCUGCAAGGCUUCAAUGUGUCUCUGUUUGCCUAUGGGCAGACCUCCGCUGGCAAGACCCACACCAUGACCGGCAACCUCAGAGAACCAGGCCAGGUUGGACUGGCACCGAGGCUACUUGAGCUUCUGUUCCUCCAGAUCUCUGAGGCAGAAGGCAAGGAGGGUCCAGACAAGCUCAAAUUCACUGUGAGGGCGUCCUACCUGGAGCUGUACAAGGAGGUGAUCACGGACCUGCUGGGGCCUGCGGAUGGGGCAAGCCUGCAGCUCAGGGAAGAUGUGUGCAACGGAGUCUAUGUGGAAGGACUCACAGAGCGGGAAAUCCUCAAUGCGGGGGACGCGAUGGCGGUGGUGGAGGAGGGAACAGCGCGGCGGCGCACAAACGAGACGCGCAUGAACCAGGAGAGCAGCCGCUCACACGCCGUGCUCACCGUCUACAUCGAGUCCUGGUCCCGGGCAGACUCCGACGUCGAGUGUAUCCGCUCCUCUCGGCUCAACCUCAUCGACCUCGCAGGAAGCGAGCGGAACACGAGCAGCGGAGCCACCGGGGAGCGCCUAAAGGAGGCCUGCAGCAUCAACCAGUCGCUGACGACGCUGGGCCGAGUCAUCUCCGAGCUUGUAGACGCGCAACAGUCUGCGCAGGCCGGCGGCGGCCCGCGGCACAUCCCCUACCGGGACUCGAGGCUCACCUUCCUGCUGCAAGAUUCACUGGGUGGCAAUUCAAAGACGCUGAUCAUUGCAUGCGUGAGCCCGGCGGAGGCGCACGCGGCGGAGACGGCGUCCACGCUGGAAUUCGCGCAGCGUGCGAAGCGCAUUCGCAACCGCGCGCGCGUCAACCGCGACACGCGCGGCGACGAGCAGCUGCUGCGCCGCGAGAUCGAGCGCCUCAAGCGGUAA